GUAGUACCACAGUCAUUUGAGCAUAGUGUGCAUGCAAUUGAGGGCUGUUUCGAUGUACCUCUUGGAGAUGUUCGUACCAUAAACAUAACACAGGAGCUCUCCGAUAUUCAAAGGAUUGAUCCCGAAAAAAUGGCAGCUCUUGGUGGUGGCUCGAGAGACGCUGAUCAAAAUGUAAAACUUGGACCAGAAUGGAAGUGGUGUGGAAUGGCUACACCUUGUGGUCCUGAUGAGAUUCCAAUGCAUUUCUUCACGGGCGAGCAUAAGGACGAUUGGCCUCGUUUAUGUGUGGGAGGACGCAUGGUAUUCGACCACGAUUUGAAUGGUGCUGGUCGUGGUCUCAAUUUAGUAUCCAUUGAGCCUAAGACUGGUCGAGUUUCAUCGGUGGCGCACUUUGACACUUAUCAAGAUGAAUCGUCCGCUCUGGAGGAAUGGUUGGAAAAUGUACCACUGGGAGAUGUAAUGGCUGUAGUUAGCUUUGACGAGGCAUCCAACAUGUUAUCAGACAUGGCAAAAAGGAUAUUUUACGAAAUGGGAUCCAGCAUGAUCCACAGACUCAAAUUUCGAGCGUCUUGGUACUUCGUUGGUCAUAAAGGAUUGGCAGCGUACACCCCUUUCGAGGAUCUGAAUAUUCCAUCUGGUAACAGCUGGGCGAAACCUAUCAAGACAUCAAUAUGCCUUCUGAUUGAUACCUGGCGUGGUCGGCCAAGUGGUAAAGCAGGCACUUCUACUCGCCCGCUCAAUCUUCCUCGCCGUCAUUUCUGCCUGAAGCACGAUCGACAUGGGGAAUUUUGUAGUGAAAACCGCAUCGAUGAACUCAUCCGUCCCAGAGCUUUACUGAAUCGCGACCGAGUUGGAGAUCCUGUUUUUAACAUGCCUAUUGUAGUUGCUGCAGGACUAUCAACGGAUUCUCUGCGCAUAUGUCUGGAAUCGCUUAUGGAACAGGAAGGUUUAAAUACGCAAAUGAUCAUAGUUGUGUAUGACAAGGAAUAUCCGGAAAAUGCCGAGCUUUCUUCCCUUUUUCAUGUGAAGUCUCUGCCCGUUAACGCAUCGAAUGGAUAUAACUCUCUUAUAUUGUCGGCACUUUCCGCCGCAUUCGCAGUUUUUCCAUCCGCAACUUCCGUCGCUGUCAUUGAAGAAGAUAUCCGACUAUCACCUGAUUGGCUGCUCUACCUCUCCCAAACAUUACCUGUUCUUUUGGCUGAUAAUUCACUUGAUGUCGUGCAAACAUUCAAUCCAAAUGGCUUCAUAGACACAAGCGGAGACCAGUCACUGGUUUACAGGAUUGCGUUCCAGCCCCCGUUGUAUUCAUAU